AAGAUGACAGAGACUAAAGACCCCGUUCGGCUUCGGCUGCUCAGCCUGGAGCUGAUGAAGCAGCUGUGGGCUGGGCAUGAUGCCAUGUGUCGGUCAGUGGCCAGAGUAGUGUCAAAGUCACACCUGGACUAUAGCAGCAGCAGCAACUUAGAAAUGCCACUGUCCCAAGAGAGUUCUUCCACCGCCUCAGUGGCCCCAAGCUCACAGGACCCACCAGACAGUCAUCGAGGAGACAUAUUUGACAUGACCCAGUAUGGCAAGGACAGCUGCAGAGUAGACUCUCUCCCACCUGCCACAUGCCAACACCCGGAGCUCCAGGAUGGACUGUGGCCUCCCUCAGUACCCUGGCUAGCCACUGAGGGCCUGAAGGGGCCAGUGCCUUUGGUAGGACCAAAAAGUCCGGGACCUCACAAGACACAGGUCCCCAAAUCCAUCCUGUCACAACCAAGCAAGCCAUCUAAGCCCAAAGUGACCUUCUCCCAAGAGUCUACAGUGCCUGAGAGUGACUGGCACUUCCGGCCAUACCUGAGCUAUGAUUGGGUUGCAGGGACCCUGGACAGUAGCUCUACGGUCACCAGCGAACACGAGGCCUUCUUCUCCAUGCUUCAGAGGUUUCGAGAAACCAACAAAGAGGACUGUGUUUGCAACUCCCCUGAAGCUGUGUUCCCAGACCUGCAAGAGAGCAGUGGUAUAGAAGAGGACCACGAGUGUGUGUACUGUUACCGUAUCAACCGGCGCCUGUUUCCUGUGCCAGUGGACCCAGGUACCCCUUGCCGCCUGUGUGGGGUACCCCGAGACCAACAGGGCCCUGAGACUCUGAUGGAGCCUGCACAAGUCAGGGUCAGCAUCCCCCUAUCCAUCCUGGACCCCCCACACCGGUAUCGAAUUCACAGACGGAAAAGCUUUGAUGCAUCUGACACUCUGGCUCUGCCUCGGCACUGUCUGCUGGGCUGGGACAUCCUCCCUCCAAAGCCUGAGAAAAGCUCUGUCCCCAAGAGUCUUGACCUGUGGUCCUCUGUUUCCUGUGGAGCGCAGCGCCGACGUCUGUCAGCCACCAGCUCAUCCCGUGGGGCCUUGCCAACACGGGUCCCACCACCCAUCUGGUCAGAGCCUCAGGUUGCCCAGCCCCGCCCCCCCCCCCCCCCCCCCACUAGAAGCGCUGUGGACUGA